CCGAGGGGCGGGGCCGGAGCGAACAAAGUCCGGAAGCAAAACAAAAAAAGAGAAAUUGCGUCGAUAAAAAGGAGACAAGCUUGUGAGGUGAAAACAUUGAAGUGAAGUUUACGGAGAAACUCGACAUGGCUGACAGCAGGGACAAAGCGUCGGAUCAAAUGAAGACCUGGAAGCAAAAUCGAGGCUCGCAGAGGCCGGAGCAGCUGACGACCGCAGGCGGCAUUCCCAUCGGAGACAAGCUGAACCUGCAGACGGUCGGACCGAGGGGCCCCCUCCUGGUCCAGGAUGUGGUCUUCACUGACGAGAUAGCCCACUUCGACCGCGAGCGCAUCCCCGAGCGCGUGGUGCACGCCAAAGGGGCAGGAGCGUUUGGCUACUUCGAGGUGACGCACGACAUCCGCCGCUACUGCAAGGCCAAGGUGUUCGAGCACGUGGGCAAAGUGACGCCCAUCGCCGUCCGCUUCUCCACCGUGGCGGGGGAAUCCGGAUCGGCGGACACCGUGCGAGACCCCCGAGGCUUCGCUGUCAAGUUCUACACGGACGAGGGCAACUGGGACCUGACGGGCAACAACACGCCCAUUUUCUUCAUCAAGGAUGCCAUGCUGUUCGCCUCUUUUGUCCACACGCAGAAGCGCAAUCCUCAGACCCACAUGAGGGACCCGGACAUGAUGUGGGACUUCUGGAGCCUGAGACCCGAGAGUCUUCAUCACUUGUCCUUCAUGUUCAGCGACCGAGGCUUGCCGGACGGCUACCGCCACAUGAACGGCUACGGCUCGCACACCUUCAAGCUGGUCAACGGCAACGGCGAAGCCGUGUACUGCAAGUUCCACUACAAGACGGACCAGGGAAUAAAGAACAUGCCCGUGGACGAGGCAGCCCGCCUGGCUUCCACCGAACCGGACUACGCAAUCGGAGACCUGUUCAACGCCAUCGCCAAUGGCAACUACCCGUCCUGGACUUUCUACAUCCAGGUCAUGACCUUUGAGGAGGCCGAGAAGUUCCAGUUCAACCCCUUCGACCUCACAAAGGUGUGGUCACAUAAACAAUACCCGCUGAUCCCCGUGGGCAAAUUGGUCCUGAACAGGAACCCGGUCAACUACUUCGCCGAGGUGGAGCAACUGGCAUUUGACCCCAGCAACAUGCCGCCGGGCAUCGAACCCAGUCCCGACAAGAUGCUGCAGGCUCGCCUGUUCUCCUACCCGGACACUCACCGGCACCGCCUGGGCGCCAACUACCUGCAGAUCCCCGUCAACUGCCCGUUCAGAGCCCGCGUGGCCAACUACCAGCGCGACGGCCCCAUGUGCGUGGUUGACAACCAAGGUGGUGCCCCCAACUACUAUCCCAACAGCUUCAGCGCUCCGGACGCUCAGCCUCAGUUUUUGGAGUCUUCGUUCAAAGUGUCCGGCGACGUGGCGCGUUACAACAGCGACGACGACGACAACGUCACCCAGGUUCGUGACUUCUACACGCAGGUUCUGAACGACGAGGAGCGUCAGAGACUUUGUCAGAACAUAGCGGGCCACCUGAAGGGGGCGCAGCUCUUCAUCCAGAAACGCAUGGUCGAGAACCUGAAAGCGGUCCAUCCAGACUACGCAAACAGGGUUCAGAGUCUUCUCAACAAGUACAAUGCGGAAGCCCAGAAGAACGCUGUUCACGUGUACAGCCGUCCAGGAGCGUCGGCCGUCGCCGCUUCAUCUAAGAUGUAAUCGCAUUUCCAGCGGGAGCUCGACACGUGGUCGCAAUAAUAACUUCCAAGAAAGGAAAAGGGGUAACGCGUCAUAAACCAAGAAAAUGCUAACGAGGCUUCAAGUCAAAAUAAUGAAAGUCAUCUGCCGAUUUGUGCCUUCAUCGGUCUCACUGAACAAUCAUGAUUGUUGUUGAUCGUCGCCGUGGGAGCAGUUUGAAUGUCAGCGAACUCCGUCCUAACCACAUCCGUUGCCGCGGAAAAAACAACGUAUUCAACGGCACCCCCAUCCCUUCUCGAGAAAACGCGUAAAACUCGUACUACUUAUGUUUGCUUUGAUCUCAUACCGGAUUGAACCGCCUCGAACCAAAUACAAAAUGCCAUAAUCAGCUUUACGCUAACAUGCCAGGAAACUCUUCUCUCCGUGAAUAUGUUGAGGGGUACUGCACAUUUAAAAUUUGAGACGAGUUCAAAAUACUGAGUGGUGGUUUUUGUGUAUUUGUAAUGUUGCCUAAUUAACAGAUUGAGACAUAAAACUGCUUUUAAUAAUCAAAUCCA